AUGCCGCGCUGUUUACAAGAGCUCCAGCCACUCUGGAAGUCCCUGAAGAACCUGGCAAAAAGCAACGAAAAGAUCUGCGAGGUUGACGAGUCCUCCCCAAAUCAUCCCUACAAGGCAUGCAUUCUGCUCCGCCAGGCUGGUAUACCCUGCAAGGUCUGGGGCAACGACACCCAGGCCUUCCCCGGGAUCCUGACAGAAGUGGCGGAUCUCUACAUUCUGGUGCCUGAUCCAGAGCGGGCUUCGCAGGUGUUGAAGGACAACGCGUACAUCCCCGCUUCACCAGCCCCGGGUCUCGAGGGAAUCACCCAGUUCAGAAUUGCACCCCGAUUCGUGUCACCCAUCCCAGCCGUCGUGCCAGCUAUGAGAGCCGUGCGUUUCCCUAUAGGUCAAUGGAGAAUGCCAACUUACCAGGGGAUGGUCUUCUUCAGUACAGUGCUUCUUCCCGCGGCAGACUGGGGCUACUCCCUCGCAGAAAACGUGUCCGGACUGCGACAGCUCUUUCCGCGUCUCCACGAGCAUUUCGAAUGCACGGUCGAGAAGUGGCUGGAUUGCACCGAAGGGGACACCAAAUUACGAAGGUAUCUCGCAGGCAUCAUUGCCUGCGAAUUCGAGAAAGCGGAUGAAUUUCGGACUGCAUGUUUCAAGAACCAGGUUCGUAAAGAACAUUGGCAACUUCUGUUCGAUAUCCAGGAGGAUGUAGCUGAUCUUCAAGACCUGUUGAGAAGAAGCACUCAACUGCAAUAUCGCGAUGUCAAGAACCGCACGCUGCAAGGUGAAUUUAAGCCAACUCGGCCUUAUAAAAUGGAAGGAAGAAUAGUCAGAGUUGGGAGACUCUUGGAGGAUAUGCAGAAUGCGCGGAACGCGCAGAUUGAGGGUGCGCAGCCCUAA